CACUGCGCGUCUCGUCCGCGAAAGGUGAUAAAUGAUUACGUUAUCACGCAUUACUAAUGUUUGUUGGGAGUUCUCACGUCGUGUCGUUGCGUUACCAUUGGCGAGCUAAGCACUUCAUAAAAUACGUUUUCUAAUUUAUUUACGGCGCUUGGGAUGCACCGCCGCGGCCGUCGCCGUUGUUGAUCGAUACUAACACCGCGCACGGUUUGGGAAAUUCGACGUUCGACCGACCGAACCGAACAGACAGCGUUCCGCGAUGUGUCUAGUGCUGCGACCAGACCACUUGGCUGCCUGUAAAUCGAGAGGUCAAUCAGUGAUGGACAGCAACAACGACGAGCGCCGUCCGUGUACCUAGUGAGGUGAGUGGACUUUGCAUGACUAUUAUUCGGUUGCAUAGACCACAGUGGUUAGAUCCAGCAUACGUCUGAGGAAUAAAUAAAUACCUACUGUAAACAGAAAAUUGACUGCCAGGGCACAUAACUGUGUCCAAGGAUCAUGGGCACGACGUACACCUUUCUCCCCUAAUUUCCCACGAAAUAAUAUCGGUGUAAAUUUUAGCUGAUUACAAUUUUUGUAAUCCAAAGACCCCAUUAGGGUUUAUUUACAAUAUGUUUAAAAUAAUUAGUUACUUACCCACUGGUAUUAAUGUUUUUAGAAAUCCUUUACAAAAUGCCGUUCAAAUUGCGCUUAAAAAAGAGUCGACAGUACAAUGUCGUCUCAAAAUCUUUGUAUGUGAUUUGUGUUGAACUCUUGGACAGCACGUCCAUAGAAUGUACACUGUCGGCAGAGAGUGUUGGACAAGAAUGUUUGGACAGUGUAUGUCAACGACUAGGACUACAUCAGGUUAUUAUUUACCUUUGAUUAAUAUUGUUAUGAAGUCAUUUUAAUUUGUUUAAAUUUGUUUAUUUCUAGCCUGAAAUCCUAGGACUGCGUUACAUAUCUCGUUCUAGAAAUCCACGAUGGGUUGAUCUAAGUAGGCCGUUAAAGAGACAGCUGGACAAAUAUGCUUGCCAUUUUAGCCUGUACUUGAGAGUUAUGUACUUUAUAAGUAAUGUCUCUUUUAUAAAGGAUGAAAUGACUAGGUUAGUAUUUAAUUUUUAGUAAUUUGGUUGACCCAUAUUUAAUAUUAAUAUAAUGGUUUACAGAGUGAUUAUUUUAUUUUAAUAACAUAUCUAUUUUGUAGAGUUAAAAUAUUAUCUAAAUAUUUAUCUUUUAUGAAACAAUUAUGUAGGUAACAACACAACAUAUUAUGAUUUAUUAUAAUCAAUAUAUUUGUUAACCACCACCAUUAUAAAAAAGAUAAUAUUGAUCUUAACAAUUUCGAUAUUUCAUAUGAUUUGAAGUUCAGUAGGUUAAAAAUGAUGUAAAAAUAAUAAAAUGACUUCACUGUUAUGUAUAGUUUAUUGUUUAUUUUAUCACUCAGAAAUAUUUAUCAUUUAUAAAAUGUUGUUUGUGUAGUGCAUAUGAAAAUGUGAUAAAUAUUUAUUUGAAAGGGUUUAUAUAUUUCAUUUAUUUGUUGUAAAUUAUUAUUUUUAUGUUCAAUCCAGUAAUUAUUCAAUACCAAUAUUAAAAAAACUGCGACUUUAGAUUGUCAAUAAUUUUACAGUGCCAUUAGUGCAAUUUAUGCUUAAUUUUCAACAAACUGUCCAUACAAUUUGCGAAGCCAAAUAAAGUUGAUCUACAUAAAACCUAUAAAAAAACUCGUAAAGUGGCUUUAAACAGUCCCGAAAUCUCUAGAAUAUUUUGAAAAUUGUACCAACACAAGUAUUAUAACAUAACAAAAUGGAAAAUAACAGGACUGUUAUUGCAUAAACUUUUCUGGUUUUCCUCAUUAUAAAGAAAACUAAGAAAAAUCUAAAAAAGCUUGAAAAAUGUUGUUAUAAAAAUCUCUCUUUUUGAUUAAAGAUUCCUGGUAGAUAAGUUGUUAACAGACUUAAAAUUUAAAAAAAAAAAAUGUACCUAGUAAUAACAAUACAUCACUUGCAUAACUCAGAAUUUAAAAAAAGACUGACAUACUUCACAUGAUGGGUGGUCCACUGUUGUGAGAAGUUGGGAAGGUAGGAUAUUAUAGAGGGGAAUUUAAUGUUAUAUUUGUACGCAAUAACUAAUAUCGUUGCUAUCAAAAAAUUAUCUGUGAUGUUCGGAUACAUGUUUUGAAAGACCAUAAUAUUCAUGAUUUUAGUCAAAAUUUUAUUUAAAAAACCAUAUAAAAUAAAUUCUACAUUAUGCCAUUUUUUUUUUUUUUACUACAAAAUAAGACUUAUAAUGAACCUCAUGUUAAAUUUCCAUUUAGUCUAACAAUAUUAUCUACAGAGUACCUACUAAAUAAAAAUUACAUAAAAAAAAACUCGCAAAAAUUAAAAUAUCUAUAAAUAGCUCAAAAAUGGCUAAAAUGUGUUGGGAAUUUUACCACGUCUACAAAAGGCAAAUAUAAGUUUCCUGUCCAAAUUUCAAAUCUCUGUGAAUCCUUUAAUUGAAUCAACAAAAAAUCAAAAGGUUCCCAUUUUUCAGGUUCUUCUCAGUUAUUAUGAAAAUCCCUUAAAAAAUCCAAAAAUUAACCUCCUUAAAGUACCACCCUGAUAAAAUUUCCUUUCAGAAAAUAUACUGUACUUGCAAAUCAGAGUAAGAUUUCUGGUAGAAAAAUUGUUUGUAGAUAAUAAAAAAUAAUAAUAAUAAAUAAUUAAAAAUUGUAAAACCAAUACAUUUCUUGCUUUGCUUAGAAUCUUUUUUUUUUUUUUUUAUGAAAAUAGAUUUAUUUUGAAAAAUUAUAUUUUAUACAGUUUGUACUAUGAGUAAUGAUUCUAAGCGGAGCGAGGAAUGUAUUGGUUUUUAAAUGGUUUUUUUUUUUUUGAGGACAACUUUUCUACCAGCAAUUUUGGUCCAUUUUUCAAUUAGGUAUAGCAUUUUUCUGAAAGGAAAUCUGACUGAAGUGGUACUUUAGGAAAGAAAUUUUUUGAUUUUCUUAGUUGUUUUCGUAAUAAAUGUGAAAAAUUGGGAAUAAACCAGGAAAAAUAUGGGAAGAACCGGAAAAUUAAGUACAAUAUUAAUUAAAUAUGUUUAAAAAAAAUUAUACAAUACAUAUGUUAUUAUUUUACCAUAAUAUGACAUUUAUAUAAUUAACAAAGCACUACUAUUAACCAAACUUUGAUCAGAAUUGUUUUUCGUUAGCAAUGCUUAAUUGUUGCGUAAGGUAUACAUUAAAUUUCCCCUCUACUUUCCUGACAUCUCACCUACAACAGUGGCUCACCCAUCGUGUAAACUAUAUCUGAGAGAAAAAUUUUUUCACCAAUUGGAUUUAAACAUUCCCUUUAAUAGAUUUAUAGUACCAUUUAAUAGUAUUAUUAUUUCAAAAUUAAAUAAUUAAUUAGGUCUGUUCUUCCUCUGUGACAAUGAUUGCAAAUAGCUAUUAAAAAAAAAAGUAAGCUGAUACUGCUGAUUGUACCACUAUUUGUAGUAGGUAGUUUAAAAUGUAAUAUUUAUUGUACAAACCAGGAAUGGGCAAACUUUUUUUGGUUGAGAUCUACUAAGAAUAUACUUUUCCUUUGAGGAUCAACUUCCUAAAUUAAUAUACAGUGUAUAUUAUACAUAUUAAGAUAAAAGUGAUCAGCUGCAAUUUUGAUUUAUAAUCAAGGUAUAUAAAAAUAUAUUCUUACAAAAGGAGAUCGACAUUUAAGCCAUCCGCGAUCGACCAUUUACUAAUAAUAAAUAGUAUAAUAUAUAAUAAAUCAUUAUUAACGAAAAACGAUUUGGGGAGAAAUUUGGUUUAACAUAGUUUAAAAUGCUGUGGUUUUUACAAUUUUCAUCAAUGAUGUGAAUCAUUUAAAAUUAAUUUAUUAAAUUACAUUGUUCAUUUUUUUUUAUAAUAACAAUUUAACUGAAAAAUACAAAUACAUUUUUUCUUUAUUCAUAAUGUGGAAUAGUAAAGUAUUAACUAAUAGCGUGACUGUUAAUAAUUCAUUAUUCUUAUUUAAACAUGUUAAUGAAUAUAGUGUUUUACUGUAUAAUUUUAAGUUUUUAAAAUAGUUUAAUUAUUUUUAUUUUAACAUGACAGUAGUUAAAUGGUUAAAAUAAAUUCAAUUCUAUUUUCUUUUAAAAUUUUUAUGUUAUUAUAUGUGGAAUUUUAAUUUAAAGUUUUUAUUUUAACAAGUUUGGAAUUUUCGUUUCUAAAAUUUCAACACAAUUUUACUCUUAUUAUGUUAUUGUUAUUAUAUUUAAAUAAUUUAACCAAUACAUUAUUUAGAAUUUUUUUUUUUAUAAGCUUUUAAAGGUUUUAUAAUGACUAUUAGUUAAAAAUUUUUAUUUGUAUUAAUUUAUAGUUUAUUUGUUUAGCAUGCCAUGCAAAUUUAUAGAUUUUUUAUUUCAUUACAAUUUGUAUUUAUAGUUAGUUUUAAUUUAUUUUACAUUUGGUUUUAAGCUUAAAUAAUAUUCAAAGUUUAUAGAACUCAAACAAAUUUAUUAAUAGAGCAUAUAAGCUAUAAGGGAUAUUAGUAGUAGUAUACACAAAAUGAAAAGGAAUGUGUGUUCUUUUAUCAACAUUUAAAUUUUAAACACUUAUUUUAUAAGAAUUUUGUAUAGACAUUUUAAGAAGAAAUAUCGAAAAAUACAAAAUCACGACUGGGUAAUAAUAUCUACUGGUAUAUUAAAAUAUUGACUGUUGAAACAUAAAAAUUCAAACAUUUUUAUCUAAUACUUUAUGAAUAAUAUUUGAAUGCAAUUAAAAUUCUAGAGUAAUUUUUCCAAAAACUAAAUAACCCAGAUAUCAAGAUUAUAAUAUAAUAGUGUUACUAGGUAUAACAUUUAAUUUGUAAUGAGUAAUGACUAUUAUAGUAGAGUAAAUACUUUUAAUUAGUUUCAAAUUGAAUACAAAAUUGUAAUAAUAAUAAUAUAGAAAUAUGCUUUGACCAUAAUGCAAUUAUUAUUAUUAUUUUUUUUUAAAUAGCUUUUGUAUACCAUUAAGGCCUUUCACUACUUCUACCAGAUUCUUCCACAAAUCUCUAUUAUCUACUAACUCAAUUCCUGUCAUUUUAUAUGCUUGAUUUAAAUCUCCCUUUACCUAAUCAAACCAAAUAUGAGGCAGUCUUCCUUUUAUGCAUAUUUUAUUUAGUUUAGAGAUCAGUACUUAUCUCAAUAGGCUGUCCUGAUAUCGCCAUAUGUGCAUUGCCCAUAUAUUUUUAAGACAAGACAUUUUUGGAUAUUCGGACUAUUAUAGAUUUUCUUAAAAUUUGCAUUUGUUCACCUUUCAUAUUUCCCUGUUUCUAUAUUUUGUAUGGGAUUAUAUAUUUUUUUAAGGACCUCUCAAAGAUUCGUAACUUUGUCUCGUUCCCUUUAGUAGUUGAUCACGUUUCACAACAAUACAUAAUUAUUGGACGUAAAUAGGAAAUAUAUAGCUCCUUUUUCAUAUCUCUGGAUAGUAGCUUAGAACUGAUUAUUUUGUUUAAUGAGUAGUAUUCUAGAUUUGUUUCAUUUAAUCUCAAUCUUAUUUUAUUGUUCAUAUAAUAUUAUUAUAACAUGAUAUAAUGGUUUUUAUGUUCUUAUUAUAAUUAUAAAUAAUUUAAUUUGUCAAUAUUUUAUUCUUUUCAAUGUUUUCACAGUCAAUAUUUUAUAUUUUUGGACAUUUUUUGACUGUCGGCGUUUCGACUGGCUCCCAUUAUGAACUCGUAAAUAUUAGUUUUGGACUGGCCAUUAGUCAAUUAUCAGUUACUUAUAGUAAAUAAUUUCAUUAAUCUAUGGAUAAUUUAAUUUUACAUUUAUUUAAAUAAUUACAUUUUAUGUAAUUUGUUUGAUUAUUUUAUUGCUUUUAAUUUCAGGUAUCAUUUUUUUCUUCAAUUGAAGAUGGAUGUUAUUGAAGGUCGUAUUCUUUGUGAUGCUGAUCAAGCUGUAUUACUUGCUAGUUAUAGUAUGCAAGGUAAAAACAAUAGACAAUUGAACAUAAACAUUAAAUUCAGUAAACUAAGAUUAAAUAUAAAAUAGGUUUUAACGAGUUUUUUUUGUAUUUAUGUAUAAAGCCGAGUUCGGAGAUCAUGAUUUAGAAAAGCAUACAUCUGAGUAUCUUAAAGAUUUCGCACUUUUCCCAAAGGUAUUGUUUACAUUUAAAAUUACACACAUUAAUUUGUUUAACUACAAUUUUGUAUCAAUAUAAAGUUAAAUUAUGAGUUUUUUGUUCUUAUCUUUAAACUGAUUAAAUAUUAAAUGUGUUUUUGUUUAAAUUUAGCAACUUAUAGUUGUGCCAGGGCGUCUGGAAAGUCUCACUGAAGCUGCUAUCUGCCAACAUUCGGCUUUGGCAGGUUUGCCUCAAGGGACUGCAGAAGAGUAUUAUAUUAUUGCAGCACAACAACUAGAAGGAUAUGGACAGGAAAAAUUUGUAGCCAAAGUAUAAAAUAUAUUUUAUUAAAGUGAUUUUUUAUUAGUAAUUUGAAAUAAAUUAUUUAUUUAUUAUUCAGGAUGAUAGUAGUGCCGAAGUAACACUUGCAGUAAGUCUCAGAGGUGUGACAAUACAAAGCCAAAAUAGAACUACAUCGUUCUACCAGUAAGUAUUCAGUUUGUUAUUUUUAUAGUAUUAACUAUCUAGUAUUAUCACUAAAUAUUGAUGUUUUCAUUACCAGAUGGGAAGAUAUAGCAAAUGUAAUAAAUCAUAAGCGGAAUUUUAGCAUAGAAGGACAACAUGAUAAUAUAAUACAGUUUCUAUUCAACGAUGUUGAAACUGCUAAAUAUGUAUGGAACAUGUGUGUUUUACAGGUAAACUAUUAUUUUUAAACAGAAAUAUUAUUGUUCAUCCAUUUAUGUGAUGUUUUUUUACUAAUUAGUGUUGUUUUAUAAUAUUUAGCACAUGUUUUAUGGCUUGCAUGAAAAAAUUGAUCAAAUUGGUGACAACAAGGCUGACAUAAUGAGGAAAAAUUUAGAAUCGCAUAUGGAUGUACGUGAUAAAAAAAACAAAAAUGUAUAUAUAUAUAUGUAGGAUUUAAACUUUUUAUUGACAAUUGUGUAUACUUUUAGAACAAUAUUGAGAGUAGUCGAGAAGAAUUAGAUAUAGUUGAUUCUAAGGAAUCAGAUAUGUUAAGAAGUUCGUUUCCUUUUAAUGGAGUUCGCGCUCAAUCGACAUCUUGUUUAGAUUUGUCAUCUUCGCAAACAAACGAAAAAGUACGGUUGGAAAAAAAUGGACAUAAAUCAAUGUAAGUUAAACAUAAAUUAUUACUAUAGUAGUUGUAUAUAAUUUUAAUACUUUUGACAGAUCUAAAUUACCAUCUUAUCGAUUGGCUCCUGAUUAUGAAACAGCGGUCCAACGAAAAUAUUCACAAGGCAACUAUUACAAUCAGUCUCCUAAUUUAAUUCCCACUGCUUCUAUUAGUCAUCAAGAUAUAAACAUUCAUCAGGUAUGAUGUGCAAUAAUUUUAUUUCCACAUAAUAUGUAUUUAUUUAAAUAAUUAAUUUGUGUUUAAGAUAAACUCAUUAUUUAACUAAAUUAUUUAUAUUUUAUACUCAUAUAUAUUAAAUGGCCAUUAUUAUUAAUAAGCUUUUAAGCUAUUUUUCAUAAACCAUUACGAUAUUUUUUUAUUAAAAGGGCAUAGAAUGCAAAAAAUAUGGUUUUUAUUUUUAAUUUUAAUAAUUGUGCUAUUUAAAGAAAUGAUAUAGGUUUAACAUUUUUGCUUAGAUUGUUCAAUAAGUUAUGAGACAUUUUUUUAUAUUCUGAGUAGAGCGAGUGUGCUUUUAGAUUCUGAAUAGAUUGAGGAAUGCAUUGGUUUUACAAUGAUGUAUAUUUUUUUUUUCUGUGGACAACUUAUCUACCAGCAAUUUAAAGACCAUUUGACUAGAGUGUUGCUAUAGAUUGGUAAUUCUUAAUAAAUGGAAAAACCAGGAAAAUUACAAAACUUAUUAUUUUAAAAUCUUAUUAUUACGGCCUUUCUAAAUAUGUAUAACCAAACUUCGCUCAAAGUCAUGUUUUGUCAGCAAAUAUUAAUUGUUGCGUGCAGAUGUACAUAAAAUAAAUUUCCCUCUAUUUCCUGCCUUCUCAACUUCUCACCUAUAACAGUGGAAAGUAUAUCUGUAUCUUCUAUUAUUUUACUUUUUUCUGUCUGUAAACAUCUUUUAUUCCAAUCAAAAAAUGACAAAAGACAUUUCUUUUGUUUUGUAGAUAUACUUGGUUAGUAUGGGAUAGUUUUUUGAUUUUCUUUGUAGUUUUCUUAACAUUUGGAAAAAAAAAAACAGUAAAAUUAAAAAUUUUGCAGAAAUAAUAGUAUCAUUAUUUUAAAUUAUGUUUUUGAUUGUAAUUUGGUUAAAAAUAAUUUUAGAGCUCUACAUUUUUCACAGAACACAUAAUAUAUAUAAUUAUAUAUUAUAAUAAUUUUCUAUUUUUUUUAUGUUAACAAUAUUUCUUUGGUUAAUCAAGAAUAUUUGAAAGUUUUACACAAUAUUCAUUCUAAGGUGUACUAAAAUAUGUGUAAAAAACAAAAGUUAGCAAAUUCUAGUUUUUUUUGCAAAAAUCAGUAAAAUCACAGCAUUUUAUAACAUGUUUAACUGAACUUCUCUCAGAAUUAUAUUUUGUCAUUAAUGGUUUAUUAUUGUGCACAAAAACAAUUUCCUUUGGCCUCCUACCUCCCCAAUUUCUUACCUACAACAAUGACACACUCAUCAGGAGUAUUGCCUAUUUUUAAAUAUUUAAAAAAAAUUAAAUUUGAAUAUUUUAUUGACACCACCUGUAACUGUCCUUCACAGGGGAUAUUAGCACAAAUUUAUAUAUUUUUAAUAAAUGUUUUUAAAAAAAUGUUAGGGUUAUUAAAAUUAUUUGAAUUACAUUUAUUUAAAAAAAAGAAAAUGGAAAAAUUCUGAAAAAUGAAUAAUAAUUGCUGUACUUUUCCAAUAAUAAAGGAACACGUUCCUUUGAAUUUUUUCGUUCCAAAUACAGAUGUAACUUAAAUACUACACAAUACAUUCAUGUUUUGUGACAAUAUGCUUACAUUUUAUAAUCUAUAUAUCUAAUAUGUAAUGUCCUAAUAAAAUAUUUUUUUUUUUUUUUAGUACAACAAUGAUUAUAAGCAAUUUCCUGAUGUUACUCAGGUCAAUAUAGCAUCAACUGUUCAUCCCAUUCAUGGGUGUGUACCUGUAAUUGUUAUUAUUUGUGUUUUUAGUUUUAUUACAAAAGGUUAUUUUUGUAUUAUUUGUUGAAAUGUUUAUAGAAAUACAUCAGAUUUGGAUAUUCCUGCACAGGAUACAGAAUAUACCCAAAUUUACAAACCACCGCCACCAUAUCCUAUAAGUAAUAGUACACCUGAUUUAGCAAGAGCCUGUCCUUUAGGGUAUAUUCAAAAUCCAGUAAGUUUUUGAUUGUAUUUAAUUUUCUAUAUUUUUUAUAGAAAUAUAUAAUAUGUUACCUAUUAAAUAUUUAUUUAUUAGGUGAGUGGUUCAAGUCCUGACCUGUUGUCAUCAAGAGCUCAUCAAUUUAAUGUCGCUUCAAACCGUUACAAUGCUUCUCAUAUGUUGACAAAUUCUGAUACUCAUAGGACUUACACAAAUUUGAAUGCUUUAGUCGAAUCAAGACAGGUUUAUUUUGUCUGAAGUUAGUUAUCUGGUUCAAUAAUUAAUAGGUUUUUGUUAUUUUUCAAGAAUUUGGACGAGUUUCGAAGCGGUUUUAAUGGAAACAAUAUGAUGUACUAUAUGGGGCAGUAUGGCCCAAUCUUAAACCAGCCAAUGCCUAGUAUGCUUGUAAAUGAAACACCACAUAAUUGUAGUACAGGUGAGUUUAAUAUAGAAAACUUGAUCGAAAUAUUAUAUUAUAUUUGAUAUAAAUUUAAAAUGAAUAAAAAAAAAAAAUAUUGUAAUAGUAUUAGGUAAAUUCAAUGAGCCUAUUUAUGAAAAUGUGCCAUUGCCGUGGAAUUCCAAAGAAGUUCAUAGUCGGGCCUCAAGUGUACAAUCAGCUCCUGAGAUUACAUCACCUUCUAAUAAAAUACCUCAACAAGUAGUGAAACCUGUAAAAGAAGACAUUGUUUUAGACAAACAAAAUGAAGUUAUACCAGUGAAAAACAAUGUUUUGGAUGUAAGCAGCAAUUCUAAUGUUUUAUCUCAAGUAACACCAUCCUCAUCAAUUAAUCAUUCAGCAGAACAAUCUUUUGGUAAAUAUAAUAAUAAUUAAAAAAUCAAUUAGAGUUAAGUUGGAAUAGUUAGAUGAAUAGUAGCUGUUAUUAAAUAUUAUGAUUUUUUAAAGAUUCUUCAAACCAAAGUAGCAGUAGUGGAACAUUGAAAAAAGAAGGAAGGGGUAAAAAUCGCCGAAAAUGGGCUGGUUUGUUGAGCGGUGCAGUAAAAAGUAAGACCUUGAAUAGAAAUGGUGACAUUAGUAUUGAAGAAUUUAAUAAAAGACAUUCUUCCGUUCCGAGGCUUCCCAUACCUUCAACUAUUUCAAAAGAUACUAUGGUAAGCAAAUGAUUAAUUAUUUAUUAUAUUCUUAAAAUUUAGGCUAUAAUUAUAGGCUUAUAAUUAUUUUAGUGCCAACUCUUAGAACAUAAACUAGAGGAUACGCAAUUGUUUCAAGAAUUUGACAGAAUAACAAAAGUCAAACCAAACGCUGAAUUUUCUACAGCUUAUGUGCUACAAAAUUAUUCAAGAAAUAGGUAAGAUGUAUUGUAUAAUUUUAUUUAAUUAUAAGAUUUAAUGCAAUAGUUUUAUAGGCAUAAGGAUAUUCUGCCCUAUGAAGAAAAUCGAGUUCGUCUAUCGCCGAGUAAAGAAAAUCGAUUUGGAUACAUCAAUGCAUCACAUAUAACUGUAAGUGUGUUUGUUAAUUAAUAAUGUAAUAUUAAAAUUAUGCAAUUUUUUUAUAAUUCUGAAUUUUAAUUAAUAUUAGGCUUCAGUUGGAAACGAACAAAGAUUUUAUAUUGCGACACAGUCACCAUUGCCAAGUACGGUGAAUCAUUUCUGGCAAAUGGUGUGGGAGGCUGGUGUACACCUCGUCCUUGAUUUAUCCCAACCUAAAAUUAAUACCACCGAUGAAAGUUAUGGUGAAUAUUUUCCAACAGUUGCUGAUCACUCAGUUCAAUUUGGUGAGGUUAGUUCAGUUUAAAAUUUGAAUGUAGUAAGGAAUGUAUCUGUAUAGAGUAAAUUUUAGUCCAUUAAAUGACUUAUUUUGUCAACUCUCAUUUUAGUAUCAUGUAUGGCUACAGUUUACUCAGGAGACCGGUCAUUGUGUUACUAGUAAAUUAAAAUUACAACAUAAUUCAUCUAGACGUUCAAGAAGUGUUUGGCAUUUACGAUAUGAUCAAUGGGUCGAUCAGGAUUGUCCAAGGGAUGUUUCACAUUUUCUUGGUAAGUAAUUCAUCAUCAAAAAGAAAUAAAAUAAAAAAAGAAUUUUGAAUUUAAUUAAAUAUUAAUUUUGAAAUUAGGAUUUUUGGAAGAAAUGAGUUCAGUGCGUGAACACACUAUAACAGAGAUACCAACAGGACAAAAUCGAAAUCCACCAAUUCUUGUCCACUGUAGUACAGGAGUGGGUAGAACUGGCCUAUCAGUAUUAAGUGAUCUUUUACUAUACACAUUGGAUCACAAUCAGGUAUGCAUUUAAUUUAUUGUUGCACGGAAGUCAAAAUUUGUAAAAUUAAAAUUGUGCACCAGGAACAUUGUUAUCCAUGGCCAACGAAGCGGUCAAUACGUGUUAACAAAUUUUGGGGUUUGAUUUAUUUUGCAUGAAAACAUUUAAAUUGUUUUUUCCGAUAAUGUGUUUAAAAACUAAUCAAUUUUUUUUAAAAUAAAUUUGAACAUCAAUAAUUUAAAUUAUGACUUAUGUAAAGCUGGUUUGUAAGAAUAAUUUUACAAACUUGUUUAAUUAUCUAUUAAUAAUUGACGAAACAUUUUUUUUGUUACACAACAUUCCAAAAUGUUCCUAUUCUCUAUAAUAAACUUCAUUCCUUUGAUCUUAUUUUCAUAAUAACAUUUUUGGAAAUAUGGUUGACUCUUAUCUAUUCUGUUUUUUCUUAUGCUUUUACUCACAUAUUAUAUUAUUUUUCAAACCAUUAGGUGUUGUACAAAUAAUUAACUAUUAUAUUUUUUUUUUCUUUUAGGAAUUGGAUAUACCUAAAACAAUAUCGCUGGCUCGACACCAGCGAAUGUUGUUUGUGGAAACAGUUGCUCAAUACAAAUUUGUACACUCAUUGCUCAUUUACUAUUUGAAAAAUUCGCGACUUAUUUAGUUACAUGGAUGAUAAAAUAGGUACGGUAAAAUUGUUAUGCUCAAAAUACCAGUUAACGUUACAGGGUCAUCAAGUGUUAAAUAUUGAUUAAAUAUAUAAUUGAUUUGUGUGUUUGUUUGUAAAUAUAUAAAUAUGAAAAAAAAAAAAAAUGACCACCAAUGAACAAACUGUUUUCCAGUAUAGUAUUAAAUACAAUAAAUAUUAAAAACAAGUACAUCAAUACAAUAUUUUUAUUGAUUAAUGAGAUUAUUAUAAUUAAAAAGUAUUAUUUAUUUUUUUUAAUGAGAUAAAUUCAUUAACAAAUAUUUUAAUAGUCUAAUAGUUAUAUUAUUCUUGUUUGCUUUUAAAAAAAUGUUUGAUACAUUUAACUUAAUUAUUUACUUAUUAAUGAAUUGUUGUAUACUAAAAAUAUAGUUUUUAACAUUAAGUCAUUGUCUUGAAGGGCAUAAAUCAAGUAUUACAUUUACAUAAUUAUAUUGUUAACAUUUAAGGUAUUAGUUUUAUUAAAACUUCUAAUUAUAUUAUCGUUUAAAGUAUACAUAUGGACUAUUUAUCAUUAUCUAUGAAUUAAGUAUUAUUAUAAUUUUAAUAUCAUAAAAUAAAUAAUUAUUUUAUAUAAAUGUAACAUGAAUCUAUCAUGAAAACCAGUAAUGAUUAUGUGCAGUCCAAGUGACCAGUUAUAUUUUUGAAAGAAAAUUAUUAAUAUUAGUCUUUAAGAACAAAUUUUUUAUUUUUUACUACUAUUUCGGUAUUAAUAAAUUAAUAUUAUUGUUAAAAUAUGUAUAUUAACUCGAGUUCCGUUUCAAAAUUUGUAUCAUUAACUAACUAUUUAAAGAGGACGUUUAAUGUAUUGGGUAUGCUGCCCAGGAACAUUAAUAAUUGAGGCAAGGAAUCAAAUAAAUAAAUGAUUGCUCCGAUUAUAAUUUAAAGAAAAUAAUUGUACAGAAAUAAGAAUAAAAUAUUAAAAAAUUAAAACUUUCAUUGCC